CAAAAAGGGAGAAAAUCAAGCGAUGAAUCCGGGUUUUCUUUUUCUCGAGAAAGAAAAUGAAAGAAAGAGAAACAAAAUCAGAUCGGCAAAUCACAGAGUGGUAGAGAUAGAGAGAGAAACCACCAAUUCUUAUAGACAGGAAGCUUAGCUAACAUGAAGAGCCAAUAACAAAGCAAGCGUUUUUAUAUUGAAACCCCUAAAUAUUUUCUCACUUCCAUCUUAUCUCUACCUCCUCCGAUUCCGAUCCGAUUCCAAAUCCGGCCAACCCCAUGCGGCGAGGAGGAGGAGGAGGAGGAGGAGGCAAAGGCACAGAUCCACUAUUAUCAGCCUCAGUGAGACCGCGAAUCCAGAAGCGUCCGGAAUCGAAAUUACCGGUCCAAGAAAUCAGAUUCAGAGGGGUCCGGAAGCGUCCCUGGGGCCGAUUCGCUGCCGAGAUCAGAGAUCCUUGGAAGAAAGCCCGGGUCUGGCUGGGCACCUUUGACUCGGCCGAGGAGGCGGCUCGAGCCUACGACGUCGCAGCUAUCUCUUUGCGUGGGCCCAAGGCGAAGACCAACUUCCCUUCGCCUCACUCCGGCCCAAUCUACCACCCUGAUUUCCACGACGAGAGGGUUUCGUCUAAGAUCGACGUUAUUCAGGCGAGUCGGCCCACUUCCAGCAGCCUUAGCAGCACCGUCGAGUCGUUUAGUGGGCCUAGGGUCUCGGGCCACCACGGUCAACAGCAGAAGAUGCCUCGGCAACGGCCCGUUCAGCCUCUGGGCCAACCCGAUGAGUGCCACAGCGACUGCGACUCCUCGUCGUCGGUAGUCGACGACAACGGAGACGAUUGUGUGCUCAUGUCAUCAUUCCGUACCAUCUUGCCAUUCGAUUUGAACCUUCCGCCUCCAAUGGACGGUCCUGAUUUUUGUGAUGAUUUACAUGCCACCGUUUUGUCUCUCUGAUAUAUAUUGCCUGUGAUUUAUAAGAUAUAAAGAAAGAAAGAAAAAAAAAUUGUCCCUUUUUCA